AUAAUAGAAGUUAUGCGAGUAAGCUUAUAGUGUUGUAAACUUUUCGAGGACAGCUAAGAUGGUCGGAUCACGUUUAGCACCGAUUUUGGUGCUGGCUAUUAUGGUAUGGAACGUAGAUGCAGAACAUUUAAAAAGUCGCGUCCAUAGCAAAAUGCAACGUUUAAAUUUGGGAGAUUUCAAAAAUCUUCGCCGUGAAGCAAAAGGAAAGUUACACAGCCGAACACACCAUUUCAUGGGAAAACAUAGUGCCCUUAUGAUAGACCAGGAUGAUGUCAUCAAGAAGAAACACAUGGAAUUUACAUACGCAAAACAAUGCAGUGUUGAAUGUGCCCGUCACGAGGUGUGUGUCAAACACACAGGCACAGGGAACACCAAGUGUGUCCACAAGAAGUUUCUUAAGGAAAGUCGCCAGUUAUCCAGGUUUAAUAAACGUCACAGGAAGGGAGGCAAACGUCACAAUCACCUGAUGAAGGAGCAGCGUGGUUUUCACGGAAAGUAUAACCAUCUGGAAAGCAGGGUCAAGGAGCUGGACGAGCGCCCUAAUACCAUCAGGAACAAGCAACUUAAAGCAAUGAAGAAGACCAAGAAACACAACAGGGAUUUUUUAUCGCAGCACCAACUGAUUGAGAACAUGGACGCCGUUGAUGAACUGAUGCAUAUGGGUGAAGGAAGUCAGACAGAAAUCAGCAGGAAAUAUCCUCAAUGUGUCAACAAGAUUGAGGAAAUCAAGCGACGAUUGAAUGGCUGGUUUGUGAGUCUGCACACACAGAAGAAGGAACACAGGAGCAAAAAGUACAGAAUGAACCAUUCCCAGAUUAGGAAACCCAAGCAUUUUGGGGAUUUCAGAACAUUUGGCCAGUGUAACUGCGGAGCAUCAGUGAUGUGGGAGCGACGUAGUCUGGACAAAGACGGAGAUACUUACCUCACCAAUGCCGAGCUGGCUAUCCUCGAGGACAUCCACGAGGAGAAGUGUAUCACACCGCUGCUGGAGUCAUGUGACACAGACAAAGAUAAAAUGCUGUCCAAGAAGGAAUGGUGCUGUUGUUUUACUGACACUGAGGCUCCCUGCUUCAAACAUUUAGAAAAAGACAAGAUCGGAACAAAUGAUCAAGGUUACAAGCCCAGGUGUACCACCGAGGGAUUCUACGAGAAGACACAGUGUGAUCCUACUGGGAAGGUCUGCUGGUGCUCGGACCUUGACGGCAACCACAUCGCCAACACAAAGAUCCUGGGCAACCCCCACUGUGAGAGAUUUGAUUCUGCUGGACGACCAGUACGAGAGCUAUAGAUGGGAACAACAAUAUGUUUCUCUUGCACAACCCCACCGAAAAAUUUAAUUUUAUCGAAGAACUUUUGAUCUUCUACAAAAUGUGUAAGAAGUGUUUUAGAAAAUAUUGUGCUUUUUUAUUUUAGAUAUCAUGCAAAUUUUUAACUGAGUGGGGUGUUUGCUGUGAAAACAUCAAGAUUUUAUGCGUGUCAUGUAUGCUUGAUAUUCAGAAGAAAAAAAUCUGUCGUCAAAUUGUGUGAUAUCAUAUUUUUAAGAGAUUAUAAGUUGGAUAAAAAAGACAGUCUUCCAUUAAAAUGUUUUUUUAUUGUACAAUGAUAUGGAUUACAUCCGAUAUAGGUUUAUAUACAUGUAUGUUUAUUGUUUAACAAUCGAUCAAGGUUAGCACGGUAACAAGGAUGGAUCAAGGGAGAUAAUUCACGUUGUUUGUUUAUAAAACAAAAUCCUGUGAUUUGAUAGCUAGGAGUCUUUGAUUUCGUAUCUGCAUUGUACAUUUGAUAAACCCUACAGUAUGUACAUAUGACUUACACAUGUCAAUAUCAUCACUAAUUAGUCAUAGAUGACAGUCAAAUUAUAUAUAUGCAUGUAUUAAUAUGUAUAUAUAAGGGUGUCACAAUAUACCUGGAGUGUAUCACGAUAUAUUGCAAUAUUUAGAGUGUAUCAUGAUAUAUUUCAAUAUUUAGAGUGUAUCACGAUAUAUUGCAAUAUUUAGAGUGUAUCACGAUAUAUUGCAAUAUUUAAAGUGUAUCACGAUAUAUUGCAAUAUUUAGAGUGUAUCACGAUAUAUUGCAAUAUUUAGAGUGUAUCACGAUAUAUUACAAUACAGAGGGAAUGAAUCAUGCGAUACCUUUCUCAAUAUAUGUUGUAGGAAAAAGGUGCUCAACUUCAAAAACAAUUGUCAGUAUGUUAUCAAGCUGAAUCCUACAUUAUAUGGAACACACAGAAUUUAAAAGAUUUUUGUUAAACCAACCAUUGAUCAUGACCUUGCAACUGAUUUCCACCACUAGUUAUAGCCUGUUUAUGGUCAUUGGCCUAUCUGUUAGAAUGUGUAGUAAUUAGCAAAGAUUGAAUACUUGACAAAUACAUAAAAUUAAGCUUGUAAAAGUAUUGCAAUACAGCGAUAUUUUCUUUCUGCAUUGCGGUGCCUGUGCAUGGUGAUAUACCCGUUUUCUUGAUAUACCUGAUAUAUUGUGACGGCCCUAAUACUUUAAGAAUAUCUGCUUUGAAAAAACAUUCCAACUUUAUCAUUUUCUGUGAUUUACUAUAAGAUAUUUAGAGACAGAAAAUUGCCAGUCUUGUUUUUAUUUAAUAAGCAAGUACGUUAUAGUGGUGUGUUUAAUGUAAUUUUAUCCUAAGUAUAUCUCAGACAUUUUUUGUUAUAAACUGCAUUUAUAUAUCAUUGAUUUUAUGCUUUAUUUUAUCUCUCCUUUAUAAUUUAAUGAAAUUGCUUAAGUCAUCAGAUUGGAAACUAUCAAUUAGACUAUGCAUUGAUUUCAGAAUGUAUUUUGAAAAAAAAUCAUCAGAGCUAGGGUAAAAAGUAACUGUAUAGCAGUUGAUCUGAAUAAAGGCUGUUUGAUAGGUUUGUUUGAAUAUGUUUUUGUAAAUCUAGAUCAAAUCUUUACCACCAAUUUGUAAUAAAAGCCUACAGUCAGAAAGUUACAA